AUGGUUGCGGUAAUACUGGUCGUGGCAUAUGCACUGCUCUUCUCGCCAUUGGGAAAGAUACCAGGCCCAUUUCUCGCAAGACUCACGCCACUCUGGCUCAGAUACAUCGACAUGACAGGUAACCGAACCACGACCUUGCACAAGCUACAUCAAAAAUAUGGAUCGACUAUCUUGGUUGGGCCGAACGAAAUCUCCGUGAACGACGUUUUGAACGUGAAGGAGUUGUAUGGGCAGCAGACUGAGUACAUGAAAGCCCCGUUCUAUGAGUCAAUGUCGAUGAGACCACAUGGGAUUUUUAGCCUAAGGGACAAAGUCGCUCAUGCUCAACGACGCAAGCUGCUCAGUCAUGCUUUCUCGCAGUCCAACGUCCUGGAAUCGGAGCCCCUCAUACAAAAGCAGAUAGUGAAGCUCCUGGCUGCAAUAGAGAGGUGUGCCGAUCAGCCCAUGGAUAUGCUGAAAUGGUUUAGGUUGACGGCGCAUGAUAUUGUCGGAGAACUCUUCCUAGGCCAGGCUUUUGGGGGUCUCGAUUCUGGAAGAACGCCACGUGCCUUGGACGACGUUGAGUCGAUAUUCAAACUUGGUAAUUUGGAAUGGAAUAAUCCCUGGAUUGCCGCGUCGCUUCACUAUAUCCCCUUUGCAUCUGUUCAGCACUUCCUAGGAGCAUUUGACAGGAUGGCGGAGCACGGUACAAACGCAUUUCGCAAAUAUGUUGACCAGUACGGUCGUGACUCAGGCCGUCGAGAUCUCUUGACGAAAAUUCUAUCGGUCAAGCCAGAUACCGGGGUUGCGCCACUCACGGAUCGGGAAGUCUCACUUGAAGUGGGUAAUUUAGUAUCUGCUGGCACAGACACCACAAGUACAACGCUCACUUUCCUGUUCUGGGAGCUCUCUCGUCACCAGUUCUGGCAGAAAAGGCUACGCGACGAACUGAAAACGCACGCCGACAGCUCCAUUACUCUCCAACAAGUUCAGGACCUUCCAAUCCUCGACGCAGUAAUCAAUGAAGCCCUGAGACUGCACCCAGCGGCGCCCGCAAGCUUACCCAGGGAGACACCCACGGGUGGCCGACAGAUCAACGGAUACUACAUCCCAGAAAAGACUGUCGUAUCCAUGCAGUGUUAUUCAACACAACGCGACCCUGAGAUCUUCUCAGAGCCUGAAAGCUUUAAACCGGAGAGGUGGAUGAGCCCUCAGGAUCUCACUUCCGAGAUGAAAGAGAUGUUCAUGCCGUUCUCGAAAGGUACGCGAGCUUGCUUGGGAAAGAAUCUGGCGAUGAUAGAAUUGAAGCUGAUCACUGCGAACAUUGCUCGACGGUUCGAGUGGAAAGCAGCACCCGAGACAACAGAAGCGUCCAUGGCUACCCUGGAUUUCUUCUUACUCAAGCCUGUUGCAGGAAAAUGUGACUUGAUAUUCACAGAGCUAUAG